UUAUGUUGCGCCGGGUCCUGGCUUUGCUCACUCACCCUUUUUUUCUCCCCAGCAGCGGCCGCGGCACCGGCGUCCCCAAGGGAGGCGACAUGUUCUACGCUGUGCGUAAGGGCAGGAGAACCGGAGUGUAUCGCACCUGGGAAGAAUGUAGAGAACAAGUUGACAGAUACCAGUAUGCCAGCUUCAAGAAAUUUGCAACUGAGGAAGAUGCUUGGGCCUUUAUAAAUGGCGGUUCAGCAGAAUCAUCCUAUCAUUCAGCAGGGGUCAGUGGUAUGUCUGAUGAAAAACAAAGAAGUAAUAGUUAUUGGGGUAACAAGGCUACAUCUUGGUCAGAUUAUAACUCAUACAAGAGACCAUAUGAGCAGCCCUCAGAAAGCCAACAUACCCGAAAGCGUGUAAAAUAUACUGAAGUGCCUUCAUCAGAUAAAUUGUCAUAUAUGGGAGAUUAUGCAGUUGUUUAUACUGAUGGAUGUUGUUCAAGUAAUGGGCGUCGUAAAGCACGUGCUGGAACAGGUGUUUACUGGGGACCUGGUCAUCCCUUAAAUAAUAGUGAGAGACUUCCUGGACGGCAGACUAAUCAAAGAGCUGAAAUACAUGCAGCUUGCAAAGCAAUAGAACAAGCAAAGAGUCAAAAUAUCAAGAAGCUGGCAAUCUAUACUGACAGCAAGUUCACCAUUAACGGUAUGACAAGUUGGGUUCCUAACUGGAAAACUAAUGGUUGGAGAACCAGCACAGGAAAAGAUGUAAUAAAUAAAGAGGACUUUGAAAGGCUUGCUAAGCUUUCAGAAGACAUGGACAUCCAGUGGAUGCACGUUCCAGGACAUGCAGGGUUUACUGGAAAUGAAGCAGCUGAUCGACUAGCAAGAGAAGGAGCUGCAAAGUCUCUAUCUUAGCAUUUUAUAGCUAGAGGUUUCUGUUGAGUUUUGGGUCCAUAAAGAGUAAAGGCCUGUUAAUUAUUUUAACACUGAGUUUUGUUGACUUGCGGCCCAGCUACUGUGGAUUUCAGAAGACUCAAAUGUGGAUAUUUAUGCCUUUUAUAAAUAGGCGUUUUCAAAAGAGAUUCAAAGGUUUGAUUUAAAUAAUGAAGCGUUAGAAUUCUGUCAAAUGUUUGACAUCUCACAUUUUUAUGCAAUGCGUUGCUAAAGGCUCACAUGUUGAAGGCUCACAUGUUUCACUGUACUCUGAUGUGAGUGUUUGAGUUGUAUAGUUUUUGUAAAGCUAGCAAAUUGAGAAGUGCUAGAAUAUAUGAACAAGAAAAAUACGAUCUGGUUGCUUGGACAACAGUGUGUUUCCUGUUGAGAGUUCUGAAAUAAAGGUUUAUUUUUUGCA